AUGAACCCCGCCCUGCAGCUGGCCCACGAUCUUUUAAGGUCGGUGAUCGCCUUCAACAGCUUCGUCGCCUCGCGGUACACGCUGAGGACCAGCUGGACGGCCUCGUCGGCGCUUCAGAUUUUUGAUAAGAAGUCGCACUAUGGCGAUGAAUUGGCGGUGAUGCGCUUUGACCAUCCCCAUCUUGACCACCACGAGUACGCCCAUAUCAACCUCGAGCCAUGGUACGCCGGCAGGGAGCAUGAUCCGCAUUAUUGGCUACCGCCGGGCAGUGCUUAUCUGGCGGCUCUAUUGGGCGGCUUGAUUAAAUUCUUUUACAAAUACCUGCGAUGGACCAGCCACGGAUUCGCGAUCGUCUUCUUGGGAAUUGCAAUUUGGCAUGAUACCAAUCCGCUAUCCUACCAUCACACGCUGAACUUUCUGAUCCGCCUCACCGCACUCCACUUUGUUCCGGGAAUUGCUGCAAAAGCCGUGUCGUGGAUUGGCACGAGUGUUAUGCCGGUAUUGGGCACAGCUUUGUACGGCCUUCUCGGUGCCCUUUUUACCGGUGUCUUGAUCAACAUCGCCGCCAGGGAAUUCGAGAACGGCUACACCCUCCACUGGGACAACCAUUACCUCUUCGUCGGGCUGGUUGUUUUUGGCAUCUACGUAGCAAGCUGGAUCGCUGCCAAAAUCGGCUCGUCGUUGGGUGAAUGCUUUGCCCCGGGAAUCGGCACGUUCUUGUUGGGCGCAGUGGCGAGCGCGGGACCACUGGCACUGCUAUGGAUCUGGAAACCUGAAUCGAUGAUGAAUUCUGGGCAA